AUGCGUUUCGAAACCAUCUCCACAACGCCUCAGAGCGUCCCUGCUGCAACGAGGACAAAAUACAACAUUGAUAAGGACGCACCAGGUCUUUUGCCUUUACAUGAGAAAUUUCCGCAAAUUGUCUAUACUCGCUCUGAUCCUUCGUAUAAGGGGCUGAGCUCCACCUUCAAUCAGGCGAUAUCUGUGAAGCCGGUAGCUGUUAUCCGAGCUUCUGAGGAAAUUCAUGUCGCGGACACCAUUAAAAUAGCCAGGAAACUGAAUUUGCCCUUGGGCAUUCGCUCUGGAGGGUCUGACUUGGCCGGAAGGAACAUUUCGAGAGCAGACAAUGGGAUUGUCCUGGACUUACGUGGUCUGAAUUCUGUGACCAUCGCCGAGGGAAAGAACUGCGCUGAUGUCGGGGGCGGUAUUCUAACAGGUGAACUUGCGCCAAUUCUAGGGGAUCGUGGUCUAUUUACUCCAAUAGGUUGGCACCCGAUGGUCGGCUAUGUUGGCUGGGCUAUGGGAGGCGGAUACGGCAUGUACGCCUCAGCCUACGGACUUGGAGUUGAUCAGAUUCUUGCAGGACGACUUGUUCUCGCCGAUGGCUCAAUAAUUCAGGUUGAUGAAAACCACAACUCCGAACUACUCUGGGCCCUGCGAGGCGCCGGUAAUGGUAUAUGGGGUGUGGUGACGCAGCUUACAGUCAAGAUCUACCCGCAACCGAAACUUCUAAUCGGCGCCCUGAAGCUUGAACAUCGUGAUUGGGAGUCUGCACUGACAGAAUGGUCCGACAACAUCGAGCCUAAUCUUCCGACGGAAUUUGCAGGGGAUCUGUAUAUCCGGAAUCCAAAUCCACUCAACCCAGAAGUAUGCUUUUACUUUGCUUGGUGUGCAAAGCCGGGCGAUGACUUAACAAAUGGUUACCGCUUUCUGGAUAAGAUGAAGUCGUUAUCAGGCUCGCUAGCUGGUAAUGUUUCCGAAAUGGACUUUGCCAGUUUUGUCAAGGCGGUCCCUUCUUCGCAGCCAACACCGUGCUAUCUUCGUGGAGUCAUCACAAAAGGUCUUACAAGAAGUGUUGUGUCGGUGUUGAACCGGCGAUAUCGCAAUACCAAAGGCGUCUACAUGGGCAGCCCCAGCCACUUCGCCCAUGGGCUAGCAAUCCAAGCCAACCCAAAGGCGUGCUUCCCACUGCGGUAUCGUCAUCGACUGCUCCCGCUCAUUUGUCGGCAUGAUAACAUGAUGGUCAGCUCAGAAGCAAACGAUGCAGCGAUUGACAUGGCGGGCGGGACUGUGGACGAACUGAAGGCCACCGGUGAUGUUUUCGAGGGAGUUGCUUAUGGAAAUCUGAUGCCUAGUAUCGACACAGAUGUUGAGGCUACAUUCGGAAAGGAGACACUGCAGAGACUAAGACAACUGAAGAAGACCUACGAUCCGGAUGGAUUCUUCUCAGGCGGUUAUCCAUCAUUGUAA